CUUAAUUAACAACAAUCUUUUUGAUACUUCUCUCUCUCUUCCCCGUUCUGUUUCAUUAAAGUCUAGGUGUCGGCUACCCAUUUCAAUCAUCUUCAUCAGGUUCAGAUCCUUGUGUUUCAUCCAUCACAGCCAUGGCAGAGAAGAAAGUUACAGUCAUGGUGAUUAAGGUGGAUCUUGGCUGCGAGAAAUGCCAGAAGAAAAUCAAGAAAGUUCUCUGUAAAAUUCCUCAAAUUCAGAAUCAGAUAUAUGAUGAGAAGGCGAACACGGUGACUAUCACUGUGGUGUGUUGCAGCCCAGAAAAGAUCAAGAAGAAGAUUUGCUGCAAAGGUGGUGAUUCUGUCAAGGGUAUUGAGAUUAAAGUUCCUGAGAAACCUAAACCACAAGAGAAGCCCAAGGAGCCUGAGAAGCCUAAACAGCCUGAAAAGCCUAAGGAACCCGAGAAGCCUAAAGAGAAGCCUAAGGAGCCCGAGAAGCCUAAACAACCAGAGAAGCCUAAAGAGCCAGAAAAGCCAAAGCAAGCAGAAAAGCCUAAGGCUCCGGCUCCGGCUCCAGCACCGGCACCAGCACCUGCACCUGCACCGCCACCUAAGGCUCCGGCUCCGGCGCCGGCGCCAGCUCCAGCACCGGCACCUGCGCCGCCACCUAAGGCUCCUGAACUAAUACCAGACUACCCACCGCCGGUGAGAGCGUGUUGCAUGGAAUGUUAUCAAGGACAUGGUGGAGGCCCUUGUUAUCACGGGUAUGGAAGGCCACUCCCAUGUUAUGAGAGUUACGGAACUCCAGUUCCAUGUUACGAGGCUUAUGGAAGGCCAGUAUAUGAUAGUUGGGGUGGUGGUGGCGGAUUCAACGGUUGCCGGAGAGGAUGCUAUGUGGGCAGAUGUGAUUGCCUAAGUGAAGAAAAUCCGUCGGCAUGCAGUGUCAUGUAAUUAAUUAAUCAGAAAUGGUGGUCUUAAUCAUGGCAUGAUCUUCCAUAGUUGGCUACGUUGGGAUUUUUCUUUUUUACAACUAAGGUUUUUAUAUUAAGGUUAAUAAUAGAAAAUAAGGUUUUGUGUCUGUCAGUGGACAAUUAAUUAAUUGUCCAUUUGAUUGGUAUAACAGAGGCUGUUGAUUAAAAUUUUUAAUUAAUUAAUAAAAAGUUCUCAUUAAUCA